CCACUAUCAAUCGCGAAAUGACUCCGGCGGCGCUCGCCCACUCGGACCUCCCAAAACUCAAGCUCUUGUCCAGAGGAAAGGUCCGGGAUAUCUACGCUACCUCCGAUCCGGAAAAGCUGCUCUUCGUCGCGACAGACCGGAUCUCUGCAUAUGAUGUGAUCUUGAAGAAUGGAAUUCCGAACAAAGGGAAAUUGUUAACAGAGAUCUCGCUCUUCUGGUUCAAGAAGCUUGGGAAUGUGCUCCCCAAUCACUUCAUCACUGCCAACAUCGACGAGAUGCCUGUGGAGGUGCAUGAAUACCGGGAUCAGCUCGAAGGGCGCACGAUGCUGGUGAAAAGGGCGCAAGUCAUUCCGUUGGAGGCGAUCGUGAGAGGGUAUCUGACGGGUUCCGCGUGGGCAGAGUACAAGAAAACUGGGACAGUUCAUGGGAUCACACUCCCCGCGGGUCUCAUCGAAUCUCAGAAGCUUCCGGAACCUCUGUUCACACCGUCUACCAAAGCUGAGCAAGGCCAACACGACGAGAACAUCUCGCCUGAGCAAGGUCAGCGUCCUUUUCCCAUCCUCCUUGAGCGCAUCUUCCUCAAUAUUCCCCUAUUAGCUUCCGCUCUCGUCGGCGCUGAUCUCUACGCCAAAAUCUCCACCGCUGCACUCGCGCUCUACACCGACGCGUCCACAUACGCACAUUCGCGCGGGGUCAUUCUGGCUGACACCAAGUUCGAAUUCGGAUUGUUUGCGUCUUCACCUGGCGCCGAGCCAGAGCUUCUGCUCAUCGACGAGUUGUUGACACCCGACUCUUCUCGGUAUUGGCCGCUUGAGGGUUAUGCUGCUGGCCGGUCACAGCCUUCGUUCGACAAGCAAUAUCUUCGCGAUUGGCUUGUCGGUGCCGGCUUCCGGAAAGGUCUCGAGGCUGGGCCGGAGGGAACGAGCGACGGCUGGGUGAUCGACGAAGCGGUCGUGCAGGGAACACAAAAGAGAUAUGAAGAGGUAGUCAAAUUGCUGACCAGCUAA